AUGAAGGUGGCGGCGCAGAACCUGGUGCAGAACUCCAGCAUCGACAACGGGCAUCCCCCCCAGCGCCCCCCCAGUGCUCCCAGUAUAACCAGUGCCCGCAGGAAGAGCGCUGACGGGGCCCUGCAGCGCUUCGACAAGAGCCUGGAGGAGUUCUACGCCCUGUGCGACCAGCUGGAGCUGUGCCUGGUGAGGAAAUACCCAAAACUGCCCAAAAAUACCCAAAAACCCCCUGUGCGAGCAGCUGGAGCUGUGUCUGGUGAGAAAAUACCCAAAAACUGCCCAAAAAUACCCAAAAAUCGCAUCAAAAACUUCUUGUGCGAGCAGCUGGAGCUGUGCCUGAGGCUGGCCCACGAGUGCCUGGCGCAGAGCUUCGACAGCGCCAAGCACGCCCCCGCGCUGGUGCCCGCGGCCCCCAAGGGCGAGGGGGGGCCCGGGGGGGGCCAGGAGAGCCUGCCCUACACCCAGUACCUGCCCCUGAUCAAGGCGCAGAUCGCCGGCGCCAAGGACAUCCACAACGCCCUGCUGGAGGGCACCAACAAGAUCACGGGCAAGCUGCCCCCCCCGGGGGGGCCCUGACCCCCUCUGGGGGUCCUGACCGAAUUUUGGGGGGUCCUGAGUGGGUUUUGGGGGGUUAUGAGUGGAUUUUGAGGGGUCCUGAGUGGAUUUUGGGGGGUUUGGUGGGGUUUGGAGUAGCCAUGGUGGCAUUUCAAGGCUCCUGAUCAGACUUUGUGGGGUCCUGAGUGGAUUUUGGGGGGUCCUGAUGGUGUUUGGGGGGUCCUGAGUGGAUUCA